AUGGUGCUCGUCACCGUGGGCAUGACCAUGUUCGAGGCAGCGCGCGUUCCCAUACUCGAGGACGCUGUGUGCCGCGACUUUUAUGCCCGCCUAGCAGCAGCCCCUGCCUCGGACGGCUUGGAGCACCUGCACGACUGCAGAACGACCGAGGUGCAGGCAAACCUCGCCAGGCUGAAUGGCUGGUUUGACAACGUCUCGGCCGUACAAGCCCUUAUCCUCACUUUGCCCUACGCACGGCUGGCCGAGAGCGUUAACAAGCACAUGUUUCUCUGCGUCGGGUUUGUGACAUCGACCGCUUCCAUGGCGUAUUUCUUUUUGAUAUGCCACUUCACGGGCCCUUCGGUCCCAGUCGGCUUGGUCGUGCUCUCGCGCCUGGUCGAGUGCGUUGGGGGAGGCAUCUCUAUGGCUUACAUCCUCCUCUACUCGCUCCUGGCGCAGGCAGUCACCCCGGAAACUCGUUCGGCUGUCUUCUACACCAUAGGAGCGAUGCUGCUGCUAUCGCGAGCAUUCGCCAUGACCAUCUGCGGCAUUCUACUCAGAAGCGCCCCGUGGGCGGUCGGUCCGGUCACAGUACUGGCCUAUUCUCUCAACAUCCCUAUCAUCCUGUUUAUAGCCGCCCGUCGGCCGAAACUGCCCACCGAGGCCGACGAACCGCUAGUAUCGAGCCAGCCCGAUAUUGACGAUGAUGAUUACAUCAAUGACAUGGGCAACUGUAACAAUAACAAUAACAGCAGCGACAGCCAACGCGCCCAUCACGAUGGGAUGGAAAGCGUAAACAUGGCCGCGGACGGAUCAACCAGGCCGGGCAUGUCCCUUGUCCAACACAUUAAGCAUGUGUUUGUGACCACAUACAACGAGUAUCUGGGCCGGACCGUAUUUCGCAUCAGCUUGAUUGCCUGCGGCAUCAAGAUCCUAGGGCUCGAUGUGCAGCUCAUCCAGACGCAGUGGACGGUCGAGCGCUUUGACUGGACCUUCUCGGCCGCGACCUACGUCAACGCGUACGCAACACUCGUGUGCAUGUUGGUGCUGGCCGGAUUACCCGCGCUGUCCACGUACCUUAUCACCCGCCUCGGCAGCGCCCGCCGCAUGGAGAUCGUCAUCAUCCGCUGGAGCCUCGUGCUUCGUAUCAUCGGAAACCUGGCCAUGGGCCUCGCGCCCAGCCGCCCCUAUUUCCUCAUGGGUGUCACCAUCCAGGCCCUGUCGGCCGGCACCUACGACACCUUCAAGUCCUUCCUCACCGGCCUGAGCUCCAGCGGCCACGUCGCCGAGCUCUACGCCGUCAUCAGCCUGCUCGAGACAGCUGCUCGCAUCGUCUCGUCACAAAUGUGGGCCAACAUCCUCGUUGUCUCUCUCGAUCUCCGCGAUCCGUUCAGGGGCUUGCCCUUCUGGAUCGCUGCACUUUUGGGUCUACUGACCAUCCUCACCGUCCAGCUCAUGGUGCGGCAGCUGCGGCAUGAGCCACCCGAGCGCGGAGCACGAGCUAGGAGUCCGGACCGAGCUGUGGCCGUUCCGUAG